CCUUGUGUGCUCAUCGCAACCUUUGACACGGGAUAGAGGGCCUAGGUAAUCUAGGAUUUGGCCGCGAAACUGUAUUUCCGAUAUCGGAAAAAUCUUCAUUAAUGACUCCAACCUCCAUCGCCUGGCCACCGAACCGUAAAACUCGCAUUGGUCAACCAACAUUUUCUUACUUUCCAUAUUGUAUUGACGCGACAUCAAGAUGCUCGCUGCAGUCGGGCAACCAGUGCCCAACACAGAACACGCUGUGAGCGUAUCUCUGCCAUCAUGGAAAGCCACCGUUGGUUACGAAGAAGGCGAAGACUGGGUGACUUCCAAGAUGCAGACUGGCUAUCCUAGAUUCUUUAUACACCUGCUGAUCCAAGAACUGGAAAAGGAAGUACUGAAACUUUAUGGCAGGCAUGGCGAGAAAGUCAUGCUUUUCCCUUCGCUUGCCACCGCGAAGCGGUGUCAAAAGUUCUUCUACGAUAAAGUCGAGGGCCUGGGGACCGGCGUUGUGCACAUUCUGCAGCUCGAGCCGGUCCUCAAUCAAAAGAAAUCUCAUGAGACGGCAUUCUCGUCGUUGUUUUGCGUCUUCUUCCCAAAGGACUAUUUUAGCGUGGCGAAACAAGUGUGGCAGCAUUCAGGAGACGGCAUUUCAAGCCGGAGAGGCGAAUUCUGUCUGAAAGCACUCAGAGAGGGCUUUCUGCAGCCGGUUGCGAGCCCGUCGAAGCCGAGGCACGAAGAUGUCUAUUCAAAGGGACCUCGACGGUACCAAAAGGCAUCACAGAACGGCAUCAUCCACAACGUGAGCCCUGCCACUGAUUCGCCGAAAGCCGACAAUGCAGCAAACGAGUCUCAGGAGAAGGACCACGCUCAGUUUGUAGAGGAACGAUUUGGCAGGAACCUCAACAUCAAGCUAGCCUCUCAGGCCAAGCUUGCUAUCCGACGCAGAAUCAGUGGGUGCUUGACGGAGACUUCGGAGCUCGAUCAGGCAUUGGCUAUUUCGCCCGACACUAGUAACAAGCGACAGCAGGGGCUUUCAGAAGACGAUGUCUACCUCUAUCCAACAGGCAUGUCGUCAAUCUUCAACACUCACAGGAUUCUGAUGGCCAACGCCGAGGCCAGGGGUCGAGAACUGCGAAAGAGCAUCUGCUUCGGCUUCCCUUACGUCGACACGCUCAAGAUCCUGGAAAAAUGGGGUCCCGGUUGUCAAUUCUAUGGACUUGGAAGUUCGGCUUGCCUUGAUGACCUGGAAAGACGUUUAGAAUCUGGCGAGAGAUUUCUGGCCCUGUUCUCGGAAUUUCCGAGUAACCCACUUCUCAACUCUCCAGAUCUGUUGCGCAUACGCAAAUUGGCCGACAAGUACGACUUUGUCGUGGUGAUUGACGAGACUGUGGGCAACUUUACCAACAUCGACGUCCUGCGGCACUCAGAUGUCGUGGUCAGCAGCCUGACGAAAGUGUUCAGUGGCGACAGCAACGUCAUGGGUGGCAGUGCCGUGCUCAACCCCGAGAGCAAAUGGUACCCUGAGAUCAAGCAGACGCUCGACAGAGAGUACGAGGACAAUUACUGGGCCGAGGAUGCAGUCUUCAUGGAGCGCAAUUCUCGAGAUUUCAUCUCUCGAUCAGAACGGAUCAAUUGCAACGCCGAAGCCAUUGCAUCCCGAUUGCAAUCCUGUCCCUUUGUCAAGAAGGUGUAUUAUCCGAAGUGCAGCCCAACUCGACCAAAUUACGAUGCUUGCCGGACUGCCAACGGUGGAUACGGGGGGUUGCUCUCUGUUACAUUUCAGCAUUAUGAGCAAGCGAUUGUAUUCUUCGACACGUUGGAAUGUCAAAAGGGUCCUAGCUUGGGGACGAACUUUACCCUUGCAUGUCCGUUCACAAUCCUUGCGCAUUAUACGGAGCUGGACUGGACCGCCAAAUGGGGCGUGGAGCCGGAUUUGGUGCGUCUGAGCGUGGGAUUGGAAGAUCCUGAGGAUUUGACGGCGCGGUUCGACAGGGCGCUGAAGGCGGCGGAGAGCGCAAAGAUAUAAGUCUGUUGGUUUCGCCAUGCAGGCUUUACAGACGUUCUGAUGUUCAACUCAUCGACCUGUUCUGUCCCAGAUAAAGGCGCAAUGUAAAUAGGUCUUGACGCGACAAACAUGAACAAUUGAAUAAGGCUUGGAUUGAAGGACAUUCAUGGAACAGACUUGAUAUGGCAAGGUUGAGGCUAGUGAUGCGAGUGAGGUUGAUGAGGCUGAGUGCCACCCCCGCAUCGGAUGAGUUUAUCCGGGCGUGACUUCCCUGCUGCUCACACCACGUCAGUCACGGUCAGUG